AUGGAGUGGAAACUACACCGGCAAAAAUUUGGUAACGAAGAAUUUACAUUACCCAAUAGUGAAGAAGUAACUAUUGGUCGAGGGAAUGAUAAUAAAAUUAUCCUCACAAGUUUGGUUGUUUCAAGAAAUCAUUGUGUUAUUAAGGUUAAUAAUGAUGAAGUAACAAUUGAGGAUUUAAAGAGUUCAAAUGGUGUUUACAUAGGAGUCAAGCGUAUUUCACCUAACAUUCCAUAUUCAAUAACUGAAAAUGAUAUAAUUGGUAUUGGUUGGACAGAAGGUACUCAGCUAACGAAUAUAAAUGAUACUGAAAAAUACAUAUUUAAACUACUACAAAAGAAAGUACCUAUCAUUAACAGAAUUCAAUACCAAGAUGAGAAUAGUAAACCAACUCUUAAGAGAAGAUAUAGUGUUUUACCUAUGGUUGAAAUAAUAAAAACUGAAAAGCCAAUCAAUGAAGAUAACAGGAAUUGUAAGGAAAAUGAUGUUGUUUUUAUAUUAUCCGACAGUGAUGUUGAUUGCGAAGGCCCCUCAACUAAAAAGAUAAAGAAGUUAGAUACAAUAAAGCAAGAGUUAUACCCAGAAGAUAUAAAAUUUGAAAAUGAUGAAAUACAAUUUGAUGCAUUUUCUAUAAAGCAAGAGCAACUUGGGGAUAUUGAAGAACCUAUACCAAUAGAUAGUGAAAGUGAUAGUGAAUCAGAACAUUGGUAUUUAAGGCUUUCACAGAGUUCCCCUGGAAAGCCAUUUACAAACUUGCAAAAACAGAGAAAAACACCAAUUAGGGAUAAAUGUUCAGAUGAGAACUCUUAUAGUCAAUUUGAUGAUGUUCAGCUUAUUGAUGAUGAUGAUAGUGAUAUAUACUUUGAAGAUUUGAUCAGUUUAGUACCACCCACAGUAGACACACAGGUUGCUCAAACUACACAAGAUGAGGGCAAGGUCACCGGAAAAGCUGUACAAGAAAUAGAUAUAAAGAAAGUAGGACCUGAUAAAUUAAAUGAAAAUAAAUCUGAAACAAACCUGCCACCCUUGCCAAGUUGUGAUCACACUGAUAGUAAUCAUAUAAAGGAUGUUACUGUUGAAAAAGUUUCUGCGAAUGAUCAAGGCCCAAAAAAAAUUCAAGUUAUUGAACCACUUUGCCAACCAUCUAGAAGAAAAGUACAUGUAGCUCAAACUGAAUCUAAGAAAAGAUCUAAAAAAGAAAACAAACAAAAAAAACAUAGUGAAUCCUCUAAAAAAAGUAUAAAUAAAUCUCAAAAAGAUGAACGUAAAAAAAAACUAAAAGAAAUUGCAGCUAAACUUCAGGAACCUAAACCUGUUCCUUCCAAUAUCAAUGCAAGCAGUAAAAGUGUUGUUAAUAUAAAAGUUACUAAUACAAGUCGUGGUGAAUUUUUAACUAAUGUAGUUCAAGCUGUUAAGCCUACAAAAAGAAAAGAGAGUCUUGACAAAAAGAUGCAGCAAAAAAAUAAAACAUCCCAAGGGAAUACGUUGGUUAAUAGAACAUCAGAUUACAAAGAAAAUCAUGUUGAAGUGGUUUCAGCCGAACCUAAGUCAGAAAGCACAAAGAAGAAAAGAAGAAGAUCAAGAAGAAAAUCGGGCAAGACAGAGAAACCACAUACUCCUCCUGUAAAAGCUAUUAGGCCUUUAAUGGAUAUAGACCUUGGUUUCUUUGGAAAGCCAGUUUCAAAAGUUGAACCAUUACCACCUAAAAAAAUUAAAAAAUCUGUGAGGUUCUCUAAUUCCCCCCCGGAAGUUCAUGUAUUUGAAAUUGAACCUGGGAAUAAAAUGAAGGAAACUAGGUUAGUAAAGACAACAAUGGUUGACAAUUGUAAAAUGCCAAUAUUUUCAUUAGAAAAAAUCACUUUAAUGAAAAUUUUAAUUUGGAAUCCACAUUGGCUUGAUGAACAGAUUACUAAUGCAGAUCCCCCGCCAAUAUUGGGGCAUAAUAAUAUACCAUUGGCGAAAUUUCAAACAUAUAACAAUCACCACCAGUAUGUGCAGUUAAUCGGUGAUCUCUUGUUAAUGGAAAUAUGGGAAUGUUUAACUCAAGGUCAUUUAAGGACUCGCAAUCAACCCAAACUACUUCAGAUGAGAAUUGAAAACUUACCCCCGUUGCCACCCCUUGAACGCCACUUUGAACUAUUUAACCUGAGUGUAAACAUUUCCAUGCCAACAACAGAGGCAAAAAACGCUCCGAGAGUAGGCGAAAUAUUAAUUAUUGAUUUUGGUCCGGAACAUUCCAGGAUUUCCAGGUUUUUUUUUGUACACAAUGUAAGGAUACUUCCUGCCCCUCCAAACAACAAAAACACAUUCUUUAGCAUUUCAUUAUAUGCUAUAUUUACUGGGAAGAUGAGUCAGUUAAAAAUUGGUGAACUGAUAAUUGGUCGGUCAUUAGCAUAUAUAAAUAAGGAAUUAAUGUUAUUUGAAGCCAUGGAAUACCUCUCGGGUUCACCCCUCAGUGAGGCAAUUUUGAAUCCGCAGCCUCAACACUUCCAAAGAUAUAAUAAUAAUGCUCGUGUUAAUAUGAAUUUACCUUGGACUUUGACAUUGAAUGAGAGUCAAAAAAUUGCGGUGGAGUCCUCUGUAUCAGCGGCUCUUGGAGAUCGGCCCAAUAUACAAAUGGUUCAAGGACCACCUGGAACCGGUAAAUCAAGUGUGAUAUGUGCAAUGGUCAUGGCAUAUUUCUACGACUCUAAUAGAAGGAAACAGCAGAACAGAGGAAAAAUAUUAAUUUGUGCGACGAGUAAUGCGGCCAUAGAUGAAAUUGUUAUACGACUACUCAGUAUACGGCAGAGCUUACCAAAACCGGAAAGGUUCAAAAUGGUACGGGUGGGUCGGGUAGAAGCGAUGCAUAGUCGAGCUAAAGACGUCAGUUCACAACAGCUCGCGGCGAGAGACACUGCUAGACUGAAUGCUGAGCCGCAAAAUGCCGCGGUGGCUCAACAGAUUUCACAUAUAGAAGCGAAAAUAAACAUGUGGAAGACGGCAAUGAGUGAAGCCAAGGAUCCCGUGAGAAUCGCCUACUGUCAGGGACGCAUCACCCAACUCAAUGAGCGAAUAAAUAUGUUACGCCACGGUGGUGGUGGUGAAGACGUUAGACCUGAACGUCUAAUGGCGGCUGAAAAGAGAAUCAUUGACUGCGCAGACAUCAUCGCUACUACGCUCGCAAGCGCACAGAAUAAUAAAAUGAAAGGUGUGAAAGGUCGCAUAGCGCUAUGUAUAGUGGACGAAGCGGGACAGGCCAUUGAACCUGAGACCUUAGUUCCUCUGACCUUGGACGUCACCAAACUAACAUUGGUCGGCGACCCACAACAACUGCCCGGGUAUAUAUGCUCUCAGCGAGCUAAAAAGCACGGCCUGGGGGAGAGUCUGUUCGCCCGUCUGACCUCGUGUACUGAACUCUGGCCUCAAAGUCCAGUUCUACUCCUGAAUCAGCAAUAUCGGAUGCAUCACAGCAUCGCUGAUUAUCCCAACAGAGCCUUCUACGCAGAUCAGAUACGGACAGUGCCACGCCCACCUGUAGAUCUGGACAUUCCACCCUAUACAAUACUGGGUAUACAUAGUGGGGAUAAAGGACAAGGGUCAUCGGGUGCAAAUGAUUUAGAAGCGUGCGGUGUGUCUCGUUUGGCAGCCGCCCUGGCCCAAAUGACGAGGCCGAAGGGGCUUUCCUUUGCGGUCAUCACUCCUUACGUGGCCCACAGGGAUCUCAUUAGGAAAUAUUUAAAGCAUGAAGGAUCGGAUAAUCUAAUAGAAGUGAACACAGUGGACAGUUUCCAAGGACAAGAGCGAGAUGUCGUUAUCGUCUCGUUGGCUCGAAGUCACGGACUUGGCUUUCUCACGGAUGCUGGACGAAUGAACGUGAUGCUGACACGUGCUAGGCACGCCCUCAUCGUGUGCCUCAAUCCACACGCUGUUAUGAGAAACGACCAAUGGCGAACAUUAGUAGAAGACUCUCAACGGAGACACUUAUAUAAAAUACUACCGAACAGAAUGUGCCGAGCACCCACAAGUACUGAAUCUGAUGAAGAUAUACUCAAACAUUUACGAGGAAAAUAA